AUGUCAAAAGCGUUCGUUCACAUCUUUUUACUAUGCGGGUUAUCAUCUGCUCGACACGUACGACGAUCAGCUGACGACACCACAGUUGCUUCGGAAAUUCCUCCUGCUGCACCGGACACAAUCCUGCCAGUUCAACAUGUACGAGAAGUUUCCAACGGGAACUCCCCCGAAGGUAUUGCUCGACUAUACAUCAUCGCCAAGCAAAAAGCUGAAGAAAGCAAAGCGACGACAGCGCCGCCCGCCCCUGCCGCUGAUCCAUCGGCGGACCCGGCUACGAAGUUGUCAGCUGGUGAUGAACUCCCGCCAGUCAUUGACGGACCCACAAAACCACCAUUCAACGACACCACUCCUUUCAGUGGUAUUGAUGUUAGUGAAGUGAUGGAAUUGCGUAUUGUUAAGCCUCUUUGUGAUUACUAA